CAGAGAAAUGGUGCAUGUUUGAUGAUAAUUUCUCAGGGUUGCUUUAUUUAAAAAAAAUAUAUACUAUUUUGAUACACAGACGCCAUUAUUUAUUCAUAUUUAACGUUUAAUACGCGGAAAACAGCCAAUCAGCUCUCAGUUGAUUGCGACGUCAGGAGUGUUGAACAGGGGGAGGUGCAGCGACCGGCUCUUUAGUUGAGGACAUUUUUUUGUUCGCUCUCUGUUUGCUGAUGGAAAACCCCAUUUUAUUUGCUUUCUUUAGAAGGAAAAAUCCCCCAAGAGGCUGUUGAUUAAAGGUAGGAAGCGCAGAGAGCUCGAAUAAGCAGCACUGCAUCCUUCCGAAGUACUUUGCGGUGUCGUUAGUCGACAUUCUCCCUCUUAAGGGGGACCUUUGUCUGUUCCGGGAUGGUGAGCAGGACCCCAUUUUUUUAGCAUCCUUCUACUGAUACACCCCAUGUCCCUCCUCUGCACAUGACCCACCCUUCUCAAUCGCACCUCUCUGACCUCGACACCAAUCCGAUUUCAGAAUUCAGCUACGUUGGAUAAAUAUGUGCCAUAAAAUGAUUUCCCCUCCUUCUACUAUUCACAUCUGCAAUGUGGAACUUUUCUAUUAAAUCCUGAAGAUGAAAAGGAAAAUGAAGCACGCCAUGGCGAAGAAGAAGGUUGGUGUGAACGGAGAAACAUCUGCACCACAACCAGCGUACGAGUGUGAGGUCUCGACCGCCGAUGAGUCCGGACAGGGAAAACGCAACCUUCGGAUUUCGCAAAGCGACAGCUGCUUUCUUGAGUUCUUAAACAAGGAUCGGCGUGCUGCGUCCUCGUUCUGCGACAUAACCGUCACGGUUCGGGGGGAGGUAUACCCAGCGCACAAGGUCGUGUUAGCGUUCGGGAGCAGCUACUUCCAUGCUAAACUGAGCGAAAACCACCAGCUGGACCGGAUGACUUUUGACAACGUAGACAGUUCCGUAUUUGAACACUUGCUCAACUUUUUAUACACGUCCGCUAUGGAAGUGCAGCAGAGCCAAAUCCCGUCUUUAUCCGAGGCUGCAUGCUUUUUCGACAUGAUGGAGGCGGUGAAUCUUCUAGCGGGUGAAGCAGCACCGAACGGAACACUGGACGAAGGCGAGAAGGAGGAGGAACCGCCUGUGAAAGAACCUCAGAGUUCUUCUCCAACAGAUCCCAAGAAGCAUCAGUCUCCAACCGAGAACCAGUGUUUGCAUUGCAGCCGGACAUUUUGCUAUAAAAAGUCACUGGAGAACCACAUGGCUAAGAUGCACAGCCAAGCUGAGGUCACUGAAACGGCAGCUCCUUCAAACAGCAAGCACACGUCCACCCGCCAGAGGAGGACCCCGAGCAAAACCGAGAGCCCGCAGAGCAAGACCUGCUACGAAACUGAGAACUGUGGGCAAAAGGAUGCACAUGUGGACGAAGGAACGUCCUCUGUCGAAGAAGAUGAGGACGAUGAGGAGGAGGAUGGUGAAGAAGAUCAGCACCAACAAAGCAAAAAAGAAACAGAAACCGCUGUAAGAACUGAGGAGAAUACAGAUUGCAGAAUGGAGGAGGAGCCAAGCUCUAGUCAUGUGACCAAGGACCAUGAUACAUCAGUGGCACAGAGCAGUGGCAUCCAUGCUUACCCAGAGGGCCUUGCUCCAGUCAUCAUCCAAUCUGGCAACAAAAAGACCCUCAAAUGCCCCAAGUGUGACAAAACCUUUGACCGUGUAGGAAAGUACGAGAGUCACACACGAGUGCACACGAGAGAAAAGCCGUUUCAGUGCGACGUGUGUCUGCAGUGUUACUCCACCAAGUCCAACCUGACAGUGCACAAGAAGAAACACACCACGGAUGCACCGGUGCCAAGGAAAGACCACAAGUGUCCCUUCUGCAACAAACUUCACGCCAGCAAGAAAACGCUGAGUAAACAUGUGAAACGGUUCCAUCCUGACCAUGUGCAGGAGUUUAUGAGCAUGAGGAAGAAGAAGAGCGAAGGCUGGAAGUGUGACAUCUGCCACAAGUCGUUCACACGGCGCCCCCAUCUGGUGGAACACAUGAUCUUACACUCUCAGGACCGGCCGUUCAAAUGCGCCUACUGCGACGACUACUUCAAGUCCCGCUUCGCCCGGCUGAAACACCAGGAAAAGUACCACUUAGGUCCUUUCCCGUGUGACAUCUGCGGACGGCAGUUUAACGACACCGGCAACAGGAAGCGGCACAUCGAGUGCACGCACGGUGGGAAGAGGAAGUGGACGUGCUACCUGUGUGGCAAAUCGGUCCGAGAGAGGACGACGUUACGAGAGCACCUGAGGAUCCACAGCGGGGAGAAGCCUCACCUGUGCAGCAUCUGCGGACAAAGUUUCCGCCACGGCAGCUCCUACAGGCUUCAUCUACGUGUUCACCAUGACGAUAAACGCUAUGAGUGUGAGGAGUGUGGAAAAGCUUUCAUUCGGCACGAUCAUCUAAAGAAGCACAAGAAGAUACACACUGGCGAGCGAGCGCAUCAGUGCGAAGAGUGCGGGAAGUGUUUCCGACGUGCCGAUCACCUGAACGUCCACUACAAGAGCAUUCACCUGGGAGAGAAAGUGUGGAGAAAGUACAAGGCCGUAGUGCACCAGUGUGAAGUGUGCAAGAAAGAGUUCCGAGGAAAAACCAACCUGAUGACACACUUCAGGACCCAUUCGGGAGAGAAACCUCAUCGUUGUGUGAUCUGCAACCAGACCUUUCGCAUCAAGAAAACGCUGACCAAGCACAUGGUCAUCCACUCUGAGGUGCGUCCUUUCACCUGUCCUCACUGCAGCGCCGCCUUCAAACGCAAAGACAAGCUCAAAUACCACGUAGACCACGUCCACAGCGCUCGCCCUCCCGACCCGGCCCCGUCCCAAACGCCCGAAACGUCCCAAUCCUCCAAACUGGCGGAAACUUGCGUCCCUGUCGCUCUGGUGCCGGUCCAGAUUCCCGAGGAAGCCGGAUCCGAUCUUCAGCAGCAGCAGCAAGCGGGUGGAUAUCAGCCUUCUGCUGAUCUGGUCUUCCUGGAAAAAUACACGCUCACUCCUCAGCCUGCUAACAUUGUGCACCCGGUGCGCUCGGAUCAGAUCCUGGAUCCGAGAGAGCCCUCGUACCUCAGCACGCUGCUCGGCCUUGACUCCGCCUCCUCCGAGCAUGCUCAGUAGCGGCUUAGUAGCUCAGAUAUUAAGCUCAUAAAUUAUGUGUAUAAUAUAAACUUUUAUUUUCACUUUUCUCUGCAGUGCAGUCGUUUAUUUCCUCCCACAUUCUCUAGUAAAAGUACUAUCAAGUGCAAAAGUUUGCAUCCCCUUCGAAAAUAAGAACAAGGUAUAAAUAAAUAUAAUGAUUUAAUAUAUUUUGCAGUGUCAUCAAAACUUGGUAUUUCCAUCAACCCCAAAAAAACUGAUGACGGAGGAAAUAUAUUGCGGUAUAUAAAAGAGAAUUAAAACCAAGUCAAAUCGGUUUCGUCUCGCCUCGAUGACAGCAUCACGGUUACCACGAGAACACAAAGGAGAACAUGCAAGAAGAACCAAAGCAGAAAUGAAUCCAUCAGCGUUUACUGGAGGACAAAAAACACGAACAACAAAGUUCAGCACGAUGCCCCCACCACCGUGCUUCAACAUGUGUCUCGGUGUUCAUCGAUGUGUAGUGCUGGUGAAUUCUCACAUCUGGUCAAAUGGUGUUCAUUGGUUUAUUUUGGCGUAUUAGCUUCUCUGACCAAUCGGAUUUGAUUCAUGCGAUACGAAACGUUUUAAAAAGAACAAACUCAGUAAACGCAAUAAUUUCACGUUGUGCGUUUAAGAAGGUCCCGCAUCUGAUCGUGUGAAAUGUUUUCGCCAUUUUGAUUGAUAAAAAUGAUUAAAUGUUAUUGUCUUCAG